AAACUGACCAAUAAUGCUUGUAUAUCAACUAGUAUUCUCUCAUUAAGCAUUCUACGCAAAGCUAAAACACAAGUUUAGCGUUCAGAAUCUAAAACAUAUAGACAUGGGAAAUUUUCGAUUCGGUCCGAUUUUUUCUGCGUUUUUUGUUGUAAGCCUGUGGAUCGAUCCGACAAACUGCAAAGCUGGUCUCUUGACGAGUCAAGCAGCUUUGUUUGUGUUCGGAGAUUCGUUGUUUGAUGUCGGAAACAACAAUUACAUCAACACUAUCCGCAGCGCCCAAGCGAAUUUCUGGCCGUACGGUAUGACGACGUUCAAGUCUCCCACCGGAAGAUUUUCGGACGGACGUGUGAUUCCGGAUUUUAUCGGUACGAAGAUGUAUUUUUCCAUGUCGAUUCCACCAUAUUUACAGCCCGGUAAUAACGUUAACCAGUUCACCUACGGAGUAAAUUUCGCUUCGGCAGGAGCCGGAGCUUUGGCCACAACGUUUCAAGGACUGGUGAUAGAUUUGAAAACGCAGUUGCGCAACUUCAAGAACGUGGAGAAGAUCUUGACGGAGAAUCUUGGAGAUGCAGAAGCAAAGAAGCUGCUGUCAAGAGCCGUUUAUCUUUUUCACAUUGGUGCCAACGAUUACUUUUACCCUUUCUCCUUAAACUCUUCAAGCUUCCAAUCGCAUACGAAGAAAGCGGAAUUCGUCGAUAUAGUCGUCGGUAAUAUCACAGCCGUGAUCAAGGAAGUGUACAGUGCAGGAGGGAGGAAGUUCGGAUUCAUGAACAUGGGUCGGUUCGAUUGCGUACCGAAUGCGUUGGUCAUGGACCCGACAAGGAUAGGAGCAUGUUUCAAGCCGAUCACAGAGUUCAUAAACCUCCACAACCAAGCUUUUCCUAGAGCCCUCAAGAAUCUUGAAAUCGAAUUGUCCGGAUUCAAAUACGCCCUUCACGAUUUCCACUCUUUGAUGUCUCGUGUUAUGAACAAUCCCUCGAAAUACGGGUUUAAAGAGGUGAAGAAGGCAUGUUGCGGGAGUGGACCGUUCCGAGGAAUCAACACGUGCGGCUAUCGACUUGGAAUGUCGGAGGAUUACGAAUUAUGCGAAAACGUUAGAGAUUAUAUGUUCUUCGACUCCUCCCAUGGAACGGAGAAGGCGUAUGGACAGAUCGCAAAGCUAAUGUGGAGUGGACAGCCUAAUGUCACAGGACCUUAUAAUAUAAAGAUGUUAUUUGAAUUCAAGGACGUAUAAAAACGGUAUCCGUUAUAUAGGUUUUGCAUCCCUUAAUAUUCAAAUAAUACAAGUUAAUGACUCAAAGAGUUUCAUCUUUUGAGCUAUUGUAUUACGACAAUGCUAUUGUUUUUUUUUCUAAAAAAUUACGUUUGUGUGUGGA